ACAAUUGCUCAUGGGCCAGUUAUAUGAUUGUUUAUCUAUGCUAUAUCAUAGAUUAGAUGGGGACGAUAGCGAAGGCAUAAAAUCACAAAGCACUACGGUGACGGUGGCAUUCUUGUCCCCACCGUCCUCUCAAAUUAGUACCUUCCAAAAGUGCAUGUUGUUUACCAAAGUCAGUUGUUCCGCUUCAGGCAGUGGUCGACCCAGUUCCAGACUUUGGUACGCAACGUUACCAGUGCAGUAUACCGCCCAUCGGCAAUUGUUUACCCUUCCCUGAAGCUGGAUUUACCAGGGCACUGGUUUAGCGGUCAUUUUUUAGCCGAAAGGUCGGUAUAAAGCAGUCGACAACCGCGGAAAACAUGACUGAGACGGAAACAAGCGGAGACUGGGGGAAAUCGGAGCUUGUUUUCUUCGUGAACGGCAGAAGGGUUGUGGACCAGGAUGUGGAUCCGGAGAUGACACUGCUGACCUAUCUUAGGUCAAAAUUACGCCUGACAGGAGCAAAGCUGGGAUGUGGUGAAGGUGGGUGUGGAGCCUGCACUGUCAUGGUGUCCAGGUACAACCCCACACAGAGGAAAGUGCUUCACCUUGCUGUGAAUGCCUGCCUUGCACCUAUUUGCUCCCUACAUGGUGCAGCUGUCACAACAGUGGAGGGGAUCGGCAGCACCAGGACCAGGCUGCACCCUGUACAGGAGAGGAUUGCCAAGGCUCACGGAUCCCAGUGUGGCUUCUGCACCCCGGGGAUCGUCAUGUCAAUGUACACCUUACUGCGUAAUCACCCUACCCCUGACAUGGAGCAGUUGGAGGCAGCUUUUCAGGGUAACCUCUGCAGGUGUACUGGAUAUAGACCUAUCCUGGAGGGUUACAAGACUUUCACCAAGGAGUUCCAAGGCUGCUGUGGAGGGAUGACAGCAAAUGGCUGCUGCCGUAAUGGCAAAAAUGAACCGGCAGCAAAUGGACACACAGCCAAUGGACAGGCAGCCAAUGGAGAUACUGGGAAUGGAUGGAAUGAGGAUGUCUCCAAAGAGCUGUUCCAGGUGUCAGAGUUCAGGCCCCUUGACCCUACCCAAGAACCAAUCUUUCCACCAGAGCUCAUGAAAACUGGGGGCAGUGAGCAAACAACUCUGAAGUUUGUGGGAGAGCGAGUCACCUGGAUCAAACCUGCAACUUUUAAGGAGGUUCUGGAACUGAAGGCAACACUUCCACAUGCCAAGCUGGUGGUUGGGAAUUCAGAAAUCGGUGUGGAGGUGAAAUUCAAGAACUGUGACUAUCCCUUGAUUAUCGCACCCGGACACCUGCCUGAGAUCAACUUCCACAAGUACACAGAACAUGGCAUCACAUUUGGAGCUGGAUGCACUCUUACUUACCUUAACGACACUCUGGCAGAGGCCAUAGAUGAUCUCCCAGAACAUCAGACCAGACUGUUUGCUGCCAUAGUGGAGAUGCUGAGGUGGUUUGCAGGCCACCAGAUCAGGAAUGUUGGGUGCAUUGGAGGAAACAUCCUGACUGCCAGCCCCAUCUCUGAUCUGAACCCCAUCUUCCUGUCAGCUGGCUGCACCAUGACUGUCAUGUCGCACCAGGGAGGCAGUCGUGUCGUCAAGAUGGACCACACCUUCUUCCCUGGUUACAGGAAGACUGCUCUCACUCCCGAGGAGGUCAUGGUGUCCCUGGAUGUUCCGUUCACCAAGGAGGGUGAGUACUUCAUGGCUUAUAAGCAAGCAAAGAGGAGGGAUGAUGACAUCGCCAUAGUGAAUGCAGCGUUCAGGGUCCAGUUUGAGGAGGGGACAAACGUUAUUCAGGACAUCGCCCUGUCAUUUGGAGGAAUGGCGCCCACUACCGUGAUGGCUCGUAAUACUGCCAAUAAGCUCAUCGGACUGAAGUGGGACAAUGAUCUACUUCCCGAGGCCUGCUCGUGUCUGGAGGAUGACCUGCCCCUGCCCCCGUCUGUCCCGGGGGGUAUGGUGGAGUUCCGCCGCACCCUCACCACCAGCUUCUUCUUCAAGUUCUACUUGACUGUACAGCAGAGGCUGAAUCUCAAGGAUGUCCCCCCACCCUACAGGAGUGCCUGCAGCCUGUACCACAGGGAGCCACCACACGGCACACAGAUGUACCAGGAGGUUCCUGAAGGUCAGGCAAGGGAGGAUGCUGUUGGCCGUCCCAUCAUGCACCUGUCUGCACUAAAGCAGGUGACUGGGGAGGCAGUGUACACUGACGACAUGCCACGCAUACAGGGUGAGCUGUAUCUUGGACUGGUCCUCAGCAAAAAGGCUCACGCCAAAAUUGUGUCCAUUGACCCCAGUGAGGCCCUAAAGAUGGCUGGUGUGGAGAUGUUUGUCAGUGCAGAGGAUGUGCCAGGCUCCAACAUCACUGGGCCUUCUAUAAUGGAUGAGGAGGUCUUUGCCUCUGAAAAGGUGACCUGUGUUGGCCAAAUAGUAGGUGCUGUCCUGGCAGAUACACAGGCACAUGCGCAACGGGCAGCUAAAGCAGUGGUGGUGCAGUAUGAAGACCUGGAGCCUAAAAUCAUCACAAUUGAGGAUGCAAUUCUGCACCAGUCAUUCUUUCAUCCCAUCAACAAGAUAGAAAAAGGGAAUCUGGAAGAGGCAUUUGAGAAGGCCGACCAGAUCCUUGAGGGUGAGCUGAGGAUCGGUGGGCAGGAGCACUUCUACCUGGAGACCUGUGCCGCCAUUGUGGUGCCUCAUGGAGAGGAUGGGGAGAUGGAGAUCUUCUGCUCCACACAGAACCCCACAAAGACACAGAUGCUGGCAGCCAAGGCACUGGGUGUCCCAGCAAACAGGGUGGUCUGCAGGAUGAAGAGGAUGGGUGGAGGAUUUGGAGGGAAGGAGACACGAACCUGUGUCAUUUCUUCAGUCUGUGCUGUGGCAGCUCACAAGGUGCGGAGACCAGUGAGGAUCAUGCUUGACAGAGACGAGGACAUGGUGAUAACAGGAACAAGGCAUCCUUUUCUGGCCAAAUACAAGGUCGGCUUCAUGAGUGAUGGGAGAGUUCUGGCACUGGACAUCAGUCUGUACAGUAAUGCAGGAAACUCCUUGGACCUGUCACGUGGGGUCAUGGAUAGAGCCUUAUUCCACUCAGACAAUGUCUACACCAUUCCGAAUGUCCGUGCUGUUGGCUACGUUUGUAAGACAAACACUCCAUCCAACACAGCCUUCAGAGGCUUUGGAGGUCCCCAGGGGCUUUUCUUUGCAGAGUGUUGGAUGUCUGACGUUGCUGUCAAGUGUGGGAUCUCUCAACUUAAGGUCCGAGAGAUAAACAUGCACCGGGAGGGCGACCUGACUCAUUACAAUAUGAAGCUGGACAGGUGUCAGAUCAGGCGCUGCUGGGAGGAGUGUCUGAAGCAGGCUGACUUCCACACCAGGCGCAGGCAGGUGGACAGGUUCAAUGGGGAAAACAGGUGGAAGAAACGUGGUCUGGCAGCUGUCCCAACCAAGUUUGGCAUUUCUUUUACUGCAACAUUCCUCAACCAGGCUGGUGCCCUGGUGCAUGUGUACACGGAUGGGUCUGUGCUGCUAACCCAUGGUGGGACAGAGAUGGGGCAGGGUCUGCACACCAAGAUGGUCCAGGUGGCCAGCAGGGUGUUGAAGAUUCCCACCACCAGAAUCCACAUCAGUGAGACCAGCACCAACACUGUACCUAACUCUUCCCCUACUGCUGCCAGUGCCAGCUCAGAUCUCUAUGGAAUGGCAGUCAAGAUUGGCUGUGAGACCAUUCUGCAACGACUGGAGCCCUACAUGGGGAAGGGUUCCUGGGAUGACUGGGUACGGGCAGCGUACUUUGACAGAGUUGGUCUGUCAGCCACUGGUUUCUACAGGACCCCAGGACUAGAGUAUGACAUGCAGAAGAAUGAAGGGAGACCCUUUAACUACUUCUGCUAUGGAGCGGCUGUGUCUGAGGUCGAGAUCGAUUGCCUCACAGGGGACCACACGGUUCUGCGUACAGAUGUUGUGAUGGACGUGGGGGACAGCCUGAACCCUGCUAUAGACAUUGGACAGGUUGAAGGAGCGUUUGUGCAGGGCUGUGGCUUGUUCACCAUGGAAGAGCAGGUGUACUCCCCUGACGGGGUGCUGUACUCACGAGGACCUGGCAUGUACAAGAUUCCAGGCUUUGCUGACAUUCCCAUUCACUUCAACGUGUCCCUGCUGAGGGGAGCACCAAAUGACAAGGCAAUAUUCUCAUCCAAGGCUGUUGGAGAGCCUCCACUCUUCCUGGCUUCAUCUGUCUUUUUUGCCAUCAAAGAUGCUAUCUACUCUGCCAGGGCUGAUGCAGGGUUGAAGGGCACGUUCCGACUUGAUUCCCCAGCAACAGCUGAGUGCAUACGCAUGGCCUGCGAGGACCAGUUUACUGCUCAGUUCCCUGCAGCUGAGCCAGGAAGCUUCAGACCCUGGGCUAUCAAGCUUUAGGAGGUGCCAGAUCUGUGACAGCUCCGUGACACUGAUGAA